AUGAAGAAGGAGAACCAGAGCAGCGUGUCUGAAUUCCUCCUCCUGGGGCUCCCCAUCCGUCCAGAGCAGCAGGGCGCAUUCUUUACCCUCUUCCUGGUCAUGUACCUCACCACGGUGCUUGGGAACCUGCUCAUCAUCCUGCUCAUCAGGCUGGACUCUCGCCUCCACACCCGCAUGUACUUCUUCCUCAGUCAGUUGGCCCUCACUGAUGUCUCUUUCUCAUCUGUCACUGUCCCAAAGAUAUUGAAGGACAUCCAGACUAAGCAGAAAUCCAUUCCCCAUGCAGGAUGCAUUUCACAGAUAUAUUUUUACAUACUGUUUGCUUCUGUUGACAGUUUUCUUCUUGCAGUGAUGGCAUAUGACAGGUAUGUGGCCAUCUGUCACCCACUGCACUACACCACCAUCAUGAGGGAGGAGCUGUGUGUCUUGUUGGUGGCUGGGUCCUGGUUCUUCUCUUGUGCCCAUGCCCUGUUGCACACCCUGCUGUUGGUCCAUCUCAUGAGGUGGGAGAACCAGAGCAGCGUGUCUGAAUUCCUCCUCCUGGGGCUCCCCAUCCAUCCAGAGCAGCAGGGUAUGUUCUUCUUCCUCUUCCUGGGCAUGUACCUCACCACGGUGCUGGGGAACCUGCUCAUCAUCCUGCUCAUCAGGCUGGACUCUCGCCUCCACACCCCCAUGUACUUCUUCCUCAGCCACCUGGCCUUCACUGAUGUCUCCUUCUCAUCAGUCACAAUCCCAAAGAUGCUGAUGAACAUGCAGACUCGGAACCGAUCCAUAUACUACAAAGGGUGCAUUUCACAGAUGUAUUUUUAUAUACUUUUUGGUUGUGUUGACAACCUCCUUCUUGCGGUGAUGGCCUAUGACAGGUAUGUGGCCAUUUGUUACCCUCUACACUACACCACCAUCAUGAGACAGGAGCUGUGUGUCCUGCUGGUGGCUGGCUCCUGGACUCUCUCCUGUGGCAGUGCCCUCUUGCACACCCUCCUUCUGGCCCGGCUGUCCUUCUGUGCUGACAACAGCAUCCCCCACUUUUUCUGCAGUCUCCCCAACCUGCUCAGGUUGUCCUGCUCAAGCACCUCUCUCAACAAGCUGGUUAUAUUCACUGCAGGGGCUGCACUUGUCAUCCUUCCAUUGAGUGGCAUCCUUGUCUCUUACAGCUGCAUUGGGGCCUCGAUCUUGAGGGUCCCCUCCACCAAGGGUAUCUGCAAAGCCUUGUCCACCUGUGGCUCCCACCUCUCCGUGGUGUCUUUAUUCUAUGGAACAAUUAUGGCACUGUACUUUACCCCCUCAUUGAACAACUCCAAUAACACAGAGAUGAUUGCCUCACUGAUGUAUACAGUGGUGACCCCCAUGUUGAACCCCUUCAUAUACAGCUUAAGAAACAAAGAUAUGAAAUUGGCUCUGGGGUUACUUUUCAGAAGUGAUAUCAUUUUCUCCAAGUGA